GCGGCAAAGAUUCUGUUACGAUUAAACAGGUAAAAGUAAAACCAAGUACAGUAAACGAAGUAGUAAAAAUGCCAAGCAAAAGGAAAAAAAAAACAUAAAAAGAUUAAAAAAAAAAAGGCGCAAAAGAAAAAAUAAAGAAAAGAGAAGAAUAAAAAGAGUGGGAGCCAAAAAUAAAGAAGAUGCGGACUCCAUAAAUUAAAAACUAAACGUGGUCUGCACUUUCCUCUUCUUCUUCCUUCUUCCUUCACCUCUUUCUCUUAAUUCCAUAGAUUUCACCUUAAUCAUCAUCUUCUUCUCUUAAAAUUCUUUCUGAUUAAACUUACUAUUUUCUCAUUUUCCUAAAUUACUUUCCUCAAAGUUUUACUUGAUCAUCAUCAUCAUCAUCGUGAGUCGUUAAAAGCGAAUUCACUUUAAGAAACACAAAAUUCAGUAAAUCGGAAACUCAGAAAGGUAUAAUGUUGACGUGCAUAGCUCGUCCAAAGCAACAACACGGGCAUAACUCAGUGAGUCAUCAUCAUCAUCAACAUGACGAUCCUGACUCGGCUCACACUCCCAACAACAAACAAGCUAUUAAAACUCUCACUUCUCAGAUAAAGGGGAUAGCAUUAAAGGCAUCAGGGGCGUACAAAUGCAACCCAUGUUCACACCCGAAUUCGGGCGGGACAGUCGGGUCAGUUUCGGAUCAAUCAAAAAAGUACCCGGAGUCAGAAACUGGGUCCGGGUCAGAAAAGUUGAAACCAGCAGCAUGGACGUACAAGAGGACAUUGAGCGCAAAUUCAUCGUCGUCGGCUGCGACGCCGAGGUGGGGGAAAGAGAUGGAGGCGCGGCUUAAGGGGUUGUCGGUUGGUGGCGAGGUUACGCCGGUGAUGUCGGCGUCGGCGAGUGGACGCCGAGUCGACCCGGUUGUGUUGGUGGAGGAGAGUGAGCCCAAGGAGUGGGUUGCUCAGGUGGAGCCUGGAGUUUUGAUCACUUUUGUUUCUUUGCCACGUGGCGGCAAUGAUCUCAAGCGUAUUCGGUUCAACCGAGAUAUGUUCAACAAAUGGCAAGCACAGAAGUGGUGGACUGAUAACUACGAGAAGAUCAUGGAACUGUACAAUGUGCAACGGCUUAGCCGUAAUGCAUUUCCACUUCCAACUCCUCCUAGAUCAGAAGACGAGAUCUCAAAAAUGGAGUCCAUUGGGGACAGUCCUGUUACACCACCAUUGAGCAAAGAAAGUCUACCACGCAAUCUUUACCGUGGAAUGGGUGUGGCUAUGGGAUACUCAUCAUCAGAUUCUUUCGAGCAACACUCAAAGCAAUCACGUCAAUACAAUAAUGAAUCAAGUGGUCUUGCCUCAACACCUAAACACUCCAACAUUAGCGGAGUCACUGCUAAGACAGAGACCUCGUCAAUGGAUGAGUCGCUGCAAUCUACGUCUUCCAGGGAAGCAGAUAGAUCUGGAGAACUUUCAAUCAGCAAUGCCAGUGACAUGGAGACUGAAUGGGUAGAAGAGGAUGAGCCAGGAGUUUACAUAACUCUCAGAGCUUUGCCUAAUGGGAGAAGGGAGCUCAGACGCGUUAGAUUCAGUCGAGAAAAAUUUGGGGAGAUGCAUGCACGAGUUUGGUGGGAAGAAAAUAGAGCAAGGAUACAUGAGCAAUACUUGUAAUCAGAAAGAACAAGUGAAGAAGUGUGAUCAGAUCUGUACGUAUUGAUGGACCAAGGAGCAAGUUUGAGUCUAGAGUACAUUCUUUAUAUGUUACUACCUCAGUAUAAAUACCUAAAGGAUCGGAUGUCUUGCUGCCUUGGAACACAUGCAUGUUUGUUGCAUGUAUAUAACAUCAGAAGGCAUUGUAUUUGCAGUUUUCUUUUUCUUUUUUGUUCUUUAUAUUUUAAUCCAUUUUUGCUUUGGUAACUUAUGGUGUAUGUUACUGGUAUAACAGAAUACUGGUAAGUAAGAGUUUUAGAGGGUUUAGACCUUGAAUGUUGACAAUCACGUGAGAACAAACAUCUAUGUCAAUGGCAAGGUUUUUCCAAGGUAACGAAA